ACCGCGAGAUUGGUCGGCCCGGGGCGGGGCCUCUCUGCGCGCCUGCGCAGUGCGUCCGGGCCGGGCGUAACUGGGGUCACCCUGAGCUGGGGACGGCGCCGUGAUGCUGACCAGGUUCCUGGGCCCGCGCUACCGCCAACUGGCCAAGAACUGGAUUCCCACGGCGGGCACGUGGGGUGCCGUGGGCGCCGUGGGGCUGGUGUGGGCCACCGAUUGGCGGCUGAUUCUGGACUGGGUGCCCUACAUCAACGGCAAGUUUAAGAAUGAUAGCUAAUCUGCCCCUCACGGGCCCCCACUGCGUGCCUGUCUCUGUGCUCCCCACAUGACAGACUGCAUGUGAUUUUACCUGUCCCACAGAUGGGGACCCGAACCCCGGCUGCGGCGUCUGACCCUGCUCCCUCCCCAUCUGAGCAAGGCCUUCCGCUCAUGUUGCCUCGUCCCCCCUCCAGGUGACUGGCGGUGCCACCUGCUUCCUCAUCAGUGCCUGCUACGUGUGGAAUGGCCCAAGCCAUUCCUCGGACCUCGGAGCCUCACAGUGAGGCUCAGGACUCUGUACGGCAUCUCCAAAAACGACUUUGAUGUGUGAGCGCACACAGCAUUAAACUUCGCUCUGAAACCUGC